AUGCAUAUUCGAUCAUCCUGUGUGCAGGUGAAUGAGGAAGGCGUCCCGUUACCGAGCGACUCCCCCCUUUCUUCCCCAGGAAAAAACUCCAACACCCCUACCCGCCAGAGCAGAGACAAGGUCCAGGACAGUCCAGUCAACCCCCCAGACGCCAGAGACCGGGGUGUACAACACAGAUCAGGUAUCAACAAUCACCUGCCCAUGGGUACCAGGGACUUGUCCGAAAGCCUGGAUGCGUUGCUGGGCAAUAAGGACUCGGAAAUCGCUGACCUGACCGAUGAGGUGGCGGAUAUGCAGGAGGAGUUGGCCGAGAUGCGCCACAAGUAUGCCGAGCUAAAAAUAGAUUUGAAGACCGAGCAGGAUAUCUCGGAUCGGGAGAGGAAGCGUAUACAAGCCUUGGUGAUCAAAAAUCAGGAAACUCAGGCGGACUAUCAGGAUUUGAACACCCGAUUUGAAGACGCGCAGGUGAUCCUCUCGCGCAAAGAAAUGGAAAUCAAGGAAGCGCUUGAAGCCAAUGUUGAUCUGAAGAAUGACAUAGAGAAACUGGAAGAAGACGCAGAUGCGCAUGAGGAUUUUCUGAGGGAGCUGGACGAUCUAAAACGCGAUCUAGACGACAGAGACGAUCGCAUCGAGGACCUUGAACAAGACCUUCGCGAGGCGAAUGAAAAGCUUGACGAUGCUGCGAGACUGGCCAUAGAGAAGGCGGCACUGAUUGCCGAAAUUGCAGUGUUUACGGAACACAAACAGAACGCCGAAGAGGAAAAUGAGAAGUUGCAAACCAAAAUCGAGAACUUCGAGGAGACUGAGCAAGAACUUAAAAAAGAGGU